CUGAUCUCACCUCUCUGAGAGAGAGAGAUGGCCCAUGAGAGAUCUCCUUAAUCAACAGAAGAUCUUGUUCUCUUCUCAAACUACUGAAAAGCAUGAAUUAUAUUCCACCCACCCUUUAUUUCCAGCCGGGAGAUGAGCUGUGCUGCCCCAUCACUUCCACCUCGACUGUCAUAGUUGAGGACCGCCAUCAAAUGCCUCAGAUGAUCAACCCCAAGAAUCCAACAGCUCACAUCGAAACUUCCAGCAAUUGUGAUAACAGCAACCAAAGCAGCAGCAACAAGAAGAAGAAGAUCAUGCACCGCGACGUUGAGAGGCAGCGAAGGCAUGAGAUGGCGAUUCUCUACGCUUCGCUGCGGUCGCACAUGCCACCAGAAUAUCUCAAGGGAAAACGGUCGAUCUGCGAUCUCAUGAAGGAGGCAGCAACUUACAUCAAACUCCAGGAGGAGAAGAUCCAACGGCUGAUGGAGAAACGAGAUGGUCUAAGAAGUCUGAUCUCACCAUCCGCAUUCAGUUCCAGAUCUUCCUGUGUGCAAGAAGGCUUUCUCUUGCCUUCUGUAACAGUCAGACCUUGUUAUGCUGGUGUCGAGGUAGUUAUCAGAAGCAGCGGGCCACGAGAUGGAGUUCUCUUCUCGACAGUGAUUUCUGUGUUAGUAAGCGAAGGCCUUGAUGUUGUGAGUUGCAUUUACACUAAAAUAAAUGUGGAUUCGAUUUACACUCUCCAGUCUGAGGCCAGCAAUCAAAGUGAGGUUGAUUUUCAUGCGCUGCAACACAGACUGAGAGAUUUGGUUAGUUGUCAGUUGGGAAUUUAGGAUGACUGGUUGUUGCAAGUACUCAUCUCCUACAUCGCUUUCUACCAUCUCCAACGUUGUGUGCAAGCUCGGGGAUUCCUGUUAGAGUUAGGGUUAGGGUUAGGGUUUUCUAGUUGAGCCAAGAAUCUCUUUUUCCUUUCUAACUGUUAAAACAAUCAGCACAAGAAAGGGAGAAGAAAGAUAUUGGAUUAUCUAUAUUCCUUUUAUGUGUCUGUCAAAGAUAAGAUCUUGUAUGGGUGCAUAUGAUGCUGAGUGAGAACCUACAAAGAAUGAAAAUUUUCUCCUUGAG